GGCGGCGGAAGGAGAGGUAUGUGCGUCAAAGCGCUUCUGGGCUGAGCGGAGGCGCUGCUGCCGCCGUCUAAGGAUGGCAAAAGCAGCCCACGCAGCACAGCUGAUUCAGGUUAACCCUUAAGCCCUGUAAAAGAAGGCUGUGGCUACAAAAGGAGAAAGAUGUUGUCAAGGCCCAAGCCUGGGGAGUCGGAGGCAGAUUUGCUGAAGUUCCAGAAUCAGUUCCUGGCAGCGAAAGCCUCUCCAGCGGUGAAGGUUGUAAAGAAAGCAGAUAAGAGAAGAGGGGAUCUGGGGAGUGGAGAGGAUGAGAGACCCCCAGUGCAGCAUGACAGGGAUGUGGUGAUGCUGGAUGAAUUUCCUGAUGUGCCCCCUCCACUGACACCAGCACCUCCCAAAAAAUCCAAAUUCAAAAGUGCCCGUGUCCAUUUUGAUGAGGAUCCAGGAGAGCAGUUGGAUCGCAGUGAUCAGCACAUCACAGCAGUCUUCAGCAAAAUAAUUGAACAUGACACAAGCACUGCCAACGUGACGGUGCCCGUCUUCACUGGAGAUGCGUUUCCCAAAGUCUUUCACAGGUCUGAAAUAAAAACAGAGGCAAAAUCAGCAGCUGGAAAGAAAAGCAUCUUUGCUCAGAAGAUAGCUGCUAAGAGGGCAGCCGAAGUGGCUCAGAUAUCUUCUCCUACUGUUGAGGAAGCUGAGCAGACAAAUGUAGGACCAGCAGCUCUAGAUGCUGUCCUACCUCCUGAAGCCUUGGAGACCCAAUUCCGCAGGGGUGAGGAAGAUAAGCCUGCUGGUAGUGUACACAGUGAGCGGUCAAGUAUUGUCACUGGGAAAGGUCUCGGAAGCCUGGGAGGAGAGCAAGAAGCCCAGAACAUCCACAAGGAGAACCUGGAGAAGCUGCAGUCCAUGUCUCAAGAGCAGAUCUUGGAGGAGCAGAAACGACUGCUGGCUCAGCUAGAUCCCAGUUUACUUGCGUUCUUAAAGUCACGACAUGAUGGUAAGGCAACUCGGGAAGGAGAAAGCAAAAAGCAGCCUGAGAGGCCAAGAAAGCUUUUGCAUCCAGAAAUGCAGCCUAGACCCCAGCAUGAAGCAGAAGAAACUCUGAAAGCUCCUUUGUUACAGAAGCCAGUGAUGGAAGAGGAGGAGGGCAUGGAGGAGGCCCUGCAAACAGAAGCUGGUACAAGAAUGGAGGAUAACACAGGUGAUGACCUUCCAGUGAAGCCUCAGAAAGAGUGGCUCCACAUGGACACAGUGGAGUUAGAGAAGCUGCAGUGGUUGAAGGACCUCCCUGAACCUCGGCAGAAGAAAACCAAAAAGGCAAUGCAGGCACGCUUCAAUCUGAAGGGAGAACUUAUUCCCCCAGAUAAAGACCUGCCCACACAUCUGGGCCUACAUCACCACGGAGAGGAAGCAGAAAGGGCUGGCUACUCUCUGCAAGAGCUCUUCCACUUGUCUCGCAGCCAGGUCAUUCAGCAAAGGACUCUGGCUUUGCAGGUGCUUGGUCACAUUGUCCAGAAGGCCAAGGCAGGGGAGUUUGCCUCCUCGCUGAAAGGAAGCGUCCUGCGGGUGCUGCUUGAUGCUGGUUUCCUCUUUUUGCUCCGCUUCUCCUUGGAUGACCCAGUGGAUAAUGUCGUUGCAGCCACUGUCCACGCCCUCCAUGCGCUUCUUGUCUCUCCAGAUGAUGAGGAGUAUCUGGACAAGACAUUUUCGUGGUACCAGGGUAUGACUGUCUACCCUUUUAUCCCGAACGAAGGUGAAGAGGAGAUGGAGGAAGAAGAUGAGAAUGAGGAACAAGCUCCAACUCAGAAGGCACCUGGGAAAAGACCAAAGGAUGAAAACAAACCAGAUCCAGAAGUGGCACAAUAUGAUGCCGUAAAGGGACUGCUAAAGACCAAGAUUCUUCAGCGCCUGAGAUACAUUCUGGAAGUAAUGCGACCUGUGCCUUUGGUAGUCCUGGAGAGUCUAGACAUCCUAACGCGCAUUGCAAGGCACUCUACUGAAGCAUGCAGUCGGAUUCUGGAUUGCCCUCGCCUGGUUGAGAUGGUCAUCAGAGAAUUCCUCCCCACCCAGUGGAAUCCAAGAGUAGCUGAACCUGGGCAGUUGCUCACAAGCCUGCAUGGAGUUCCAUGUGCCACUGCCAUGAAGCUAAUGAGAGUCUUGGCAUCUGGAGGGAGGAAUGCAGCUGCCAGGCUGCUUAAUAAGUUCGAACUGAAGAGUCGGCUGGGUCGCUUCGUAGCUGAAGAUCCCAAAGACCUUCCCCUGAGAAUAGAGGAAGCCAUAAGGAUGAACACUGAAGCUUUCCGCUUGUGGGCUGUGGCCACCGGCUACGGUCAGGCCUGUGAUCUCUUUGGGGAUCUCUAUCCUGUGCUAAUGAAGACGGUCCCAUCCCUGGCUCAAUUGGCUGGCAGUUUUCAGGAGAACAACUCUCUAGUUGAACUUUCUGUCCAGCGAGCUACAGCCGUGGUGACUCUGCUUACUCAAGUAACACAGACAGCCGGCUGCAGGGCAGAACUGCAAGCCCAGCUUAGCAGGAGUGAUCCAGAAGGCGGUGGCCAGAUUCCACCUCCGCCAGUCACCUGGAGCCAGGUAUCUGGCUUCAGGCCCAUCAUUGAAAUGCAACUGAAAGGAUGCCUUGAACAAAUAACCCAGCUGGAGAUCUGGCAGGCACUGCAGCCCCUCACAACAGCUUAUAUCCUUUACAUGGCAGCCUAUUACAGUCACUGCAAUCAGCAGCCAUCAGUAAACCCCAUUGAUUCCUUAGAGGAAGUGGAGCAUCUGACAUCAGCGCUGCUGCUGCCUCUCCUCAGACAGACAGCCAUGCAGAACCUCUGGGAAAUGCUCAGGCCAUGCUCUGCUCUGUGCAAUCCUUUAACCUGCUCUCCAGCGCCAGAAUCUCUUCCCAGCAUCGUUUCUCUGAGCUGCACUGGGGGCAAACCCCCAAUGAGCCUUGCAGGCUCUAAAUCGCCUUUCCCUUUCCUUACUGCCUUCCUGGUGCUUGUCGAUAGCAUCAUCACCGUACACAAAGGGCUGGUUGGCAAGUAUGUCUCCAUACUGGAUGUGAAGGAUGUGACAGACUAUCUGUUGCAGAGCUGGACUGCUGACCUGCCUUCUAUAACUCCUUCCUCUGCUUGGCUCUUGAGCCACGAGUACCACUUUCAAUAUUACGUGCUUUCACUGGCUCAGAAAAUGGCAGGUACUUGUCCGGAUUACAGCCAGCAUGCUUCACUCUAUCACUGCGUUGCCAUGGCGUUGUUAAGCCGUUUGUUGCCAGGCAGUGAGCACCUGGCUCAUGAGCUCCUAUUGGGCCUUGCUUUCAAUGCAAAACUGAUUCCGGAAGGCAAAUCAGGGGGCCCAGAAGCUGCUGAUUUCUCAGACCUCCUGCACUUGAGCUCAAAGGCGAAGCCAGCACAGCCAGGCUCAGCAGCUGCUGUUCCUCCACUCCCUAGUCGUGGUACCUUACUGGAGGAAGCAUACCAGCAACUCCCACUUAUCCAGGCCUGCUACCUCUCUCACUUUGCUUACUUGGAGCCCACCCUUGUUCGUUCCAGAGAUGUUUACCAAGGACGAACACACUUAAUCCAAUCCAUGAUUCUUCCUGAGGUCAAAGGGCCAAUCCUACCUUCCGAUUGGCCGUUCCUUCCUCUCAUCAACCUCUAUAACAGUGUGACUGGUGCAGGAACCCGGUGGGCUGGGCUGAGUUCUCUCCCACUGGAUCUUGUGCGCACAGUGACUCAGAACCUGCAGUGGGUCCUCUUGCUGGAGACUUGGAGAGCCAGGGUCCUUCAGGGCAUCUCGGCGGCAGCCAAACUUGCAAGGCUUAUGUGUGUCUUCCUCACGGGCAGUGACUUGUUCCUGGAAGGACCCGUCCAUUGCUACACAGCUGCUCUACUCUCCCUUUACUGCCAACCCAAAGUCCUGGACUCCUUGAACUUGGAUGCUCCCCUCCCUGGCUUAGCUUCUUUCCAUGACCUCUACAUCAACCUCCUGGAACAGUUUGAAGGUGUCUCCUUUGGAGACCCACUCUUUGGCAUCUUCGUGCUUCUUCCUCUGCAGAGGCGGUUUAGUGUGCAGCUAAGGAUGGCCGUCUUUGGAGAGCAUGUGAGCACCUUGAGGGCACUGGGAGUUCCACUCCAGCAGUUUCCUGUUUCUCUGGAGCGAUACCUUUCCCCUGCUGAAGACAACCUGAACCUCUUACGGCAGUACUUCCAGACCUUGGUCACAGGGACCUUGCGACAGAACUGGUGCCCUGUACUUUAUGUGGUUGCUGUGGCCCAUGUCAACAGCUUCAUGUUCUCACAGGAUAGCACCACACAGGAGGCUGAUGUGGCCCGAAAAAGCAUUCUCCAGAGGACCUGGCUCUUGUCUGAUGAGGUACUCAGGCGACAUCUUCUCUACUAUAAAUUGCCAAAUAAAGAGAGCCCGGUGGGCUUUGACCUUUAUGAGCAGCUUCCCACCAUUCGUCUGAAAUACUUGCACGCUGUGACUAAGAAGCAGCCCAAGGAGGAGCCAUUCGCACCAGAUUUGUAGAGAAGAACCUCAGCAGCUGACACUGGGGAAGUGGGGCGGGGGGGAGCAGCAGCUCUAAGACUGGAGAGGAGCUCUGUCAGCCUCCUGGUCUCUUGCCUUGCCCGAGGAGCACGACAGGAAGGGAUCUGCACUGUCUAGGCAGAGUUACCUUGAAAACGGCUUGACUCUUCAUGAUGGAAGAAUUUGGACAAGCAAGUGUUUCUGCCAAGAUGAAAGACAAAUGGUUUUUUUGGGGGGGGGAGGUGAUGCAAAUGUGAGGUGUCUGUAGGAUUAUUGGCAUCUCCUACUGGAAGAGAGAAAGGCUUAAUUUGCUCAUAGCACAUGGUGAAAUGUACCUGGAAUGUUAAGUCUUAUGGUUUGGCUGGAAGGCUGUCAUGCAGCACGGGAUUUAGGGUGGAGCGGGUGGUUUCCCCGCACAGGGCGCUGAGCCAAGGGGGUGCAAAAUUGAGAAUAUCCAUAAUUGAGAAGAUCCAUUUGGGGGUGCCAAGUUUUGGCCUCGUACAGGGCACUGGAGGAUUAACAAAGUCUGCCCCUGCCACAAUGUCUGGGGUAGAAAUAUCUGGGAAAGUGGGAACUGAUUCACCAGAAUUGUUCAUGGGAUAGUGAUUUGAACAAGCUUUUGAGUCCUGCAGCUGUUCUGCACCUGACACAUCUCAGGAAAUGACAUUACAAGUUUCCAUCUCUGUGCAAAGCCACCUGUUCCUUCCACCUCUAAUGCAAGAUCUCUCUGCAUUAGCUGUUUCUCUCUCUCUUUGUUUUUCUAACCAUAUUAUAUUUAAUAAAGUUAUCUUUCGCAUAACAGGAUGUUUUGGCAGCUGCAACAACUCCCCAAAGCCAAAAGAAGAAGAAUGUGGUUGGUGGAACUUAAUAAAUCUGAAGGCAUGCUCUGGGAUGCCAUGUUAGGGAUCUCUAGGGGACACACUGCGGCAUGCAAACCACCAAACGCUGCCCCUGUUUGAGUGACAAGGCCAUCUAAUCACACUUCCUGUGAUUAGGAAGCGAUUGCCAUUGCCAUCCCCCCCCCCCCCCAGGGCAACCUAAAGCAAUUUACAACAAUAAAUGAAUUGAAACAUAGAAAAACCAGAAGAGACAUUCAUGAUUUUAAAAGACAGAAUUUUAAACCCCACUCAUUAAAGGAGGCCAUAGAUAAUGAAAAGCCAAAUAUUGGGUGGGGUGGGGGAAUUUUUGCAGGGUGGCUAAAGAUACGUAAUGACGAGACUCCCUAGGGAAAACACUGCAGUCCAAAACAUAUGAAGGCCAAUUUGUUGGCUACCCGCUGCUACCCGCUUUCUUGCAAACUAGUGACAAGUCGCAAAUGGGAGGCAGAGAACCAGAGCCUGCGGCAGCUCACAGGAGGAAGACCAGAUGAGGUUUGUGAGAGAUGCUUCCUCUCUGCAAGAUCCCUUGCCAUGUUGGAAAUGCACCCCUGCACCCCACAGAAGCUCAGCAUGGGCAAGAGUCACUAAACUGAUGUCUAGAUAUAUAGGAUGAUGAGCAAGAUCCGAGCAGGACAACUUUACUUUCUGAAACUUAGUUUUGACAUGCCUCUCUCAGCUGCAAUUCAGUCCCUCGUAAAAUCAAUGCACAAUCAUUGAUUUCCCCUGUCUCCCUUCCUGAGAGCUGUGAGCAACUUUCCAGUUUGAAUUACUGAGAAAAAUAAGUACUAAGCUAAGAAUUGCAAGGAGUGAUUUGUUGUUGUUGUUUAGUCGUGUCCGACUCUUCGUGACCCUAUGGACCAUAGCACGCCAGGCACUCCUGUCUUCCACUGCCUCCCGCAGUUUGGUCAAACUCAUGUUGGUAGCUUCGAAAACACUGUCCAACCAUCU